AUGAAGUCUUACAGGUUGUCUGAACUAUCUCCACCAGAGGUUGAAAGCCUGAAAGCUCGUCCUCGAAUUGAUUUUUCUUCCAUUUUUAGCACGGUCAACCCAAUAGUUGAUGAUGUUCGCAAAAGAGGCGAUGCUGCGAUCAAGGAAUAUACUGCAAGAUUUGACAAAGUAGAACUGGAUAACAUUAUCGUAGAAGUUUCUGAGCUUCCAGAUCCAGAGCUUGAUGCAGCUAUUAGAGAAGCAUUUGAUGUGGCAUAUGACAACAUAUAUGCAUUUCAUUUUGCUCAGAAAUCAGUUGAGAAAAGUGUUGAGAACAUGAAGGGUGUCAAAUGUAAACGGGUGGCGAGAAGCAUCGGUUCUGUGGGUGUUUAUGUUCCAGGAGGAACUGCAGUUUUACCUUCAACAGCUCUGAUGCUUUCAGUUCCUGCACAGAUUGCUGGGUGUAAAACUGUUGUUCUUGCAACUCCCCCAAGUCAGGAUGGCACCAUAUGCAAGGAAGUACUAUAUUGUGCAAAGAAGGCUGGUGUAACUCACAUCCUUAAAGCUGGUGGUGCUCAGGCAAUAGCUGCUAUGGCUUGGGGUACCAAAUCUUGCCCAAAGGUUGAAAAAAUUUUUGGCCCUGGAAAUCAAUAUGUCACUGCUGCAAAAAUGAUUCUCCAGAACAGCGAAGCCAUGGUUUCAAUUGACAUGCCUGCAGGCCCUUCAGAAGUUUUGGUCAUUGCUGACAAACAUGCCAGUCCUGUUCAUAUAGCUGCAGAUUUGCUUUCUCAGGCUGAGCAUGGCCCUGAUAGUCAAGUUGUUCUUGUAAUUGCUGGGGAUGGUGUGGAUUUUAAAGCUAUAGAGGAGGAAAUCAGUAAACAGUGCCAAAGCCUACCAAGGGGAGAGUUUGCCUCAAAAGCACUGAGCCACAGUUUCACAGUGUUUGCUCGUGAUAUGGUUGAGGCAGUCUAUUUUUCAAACUUAUAUGCACCCGAGCAUCUGAUCAUCAAUGUCAAGGAUGCAGAAAAAUGGGAGAGUUUCAUUGAGAAUGCGGGUUCUGUAUUCUUAGGACAGUGGACACCAGAGAGUGUGGGAGAUUAUGCGAGUGGGACAAACCAUGUCCUCCCAACAUAUGGCUAUGCGAGGAUGUAUGGUGGUGUGUCUUUGGACUCCUUCCUUAAGUACAUGACAGUGCAGUCUUUGACAGAGGAAGGUUUGCAAAAGCUUGGCCCGUAUGUGGCAACCAUGGCUGAAGUUGAGGGACUAGAGGCUCACAAGAGAGCUGUAACCCUUAGACUUAAGGAUAUCGAAGCUAGGCAGGUUCCGAACGUGAGGUGA